AUGGUGGUCAGAGUUCCUGCACCACGACCCAGAGCCUUAAAAGCGAGCUGGGAAGCUGAAAAUCCUCCCAAACGUGUGACUCAGAAUGGGCAGGCACUGAAGUGUAAGAUCCAGGCUCUGCAACAGGAAGGCCAGGAUACCCAGGAGGGGGCCAAGCGCCCUCUCUGCUCUCAGGCGAGGGGGGGAAGUCGAGCCUGGGAACAGGCAGAGGCUGAGGUGGCCUCCUUGAACCCCAGGAUCCAGCAGGUAGAAGAGGAGCUGGACGGUGCCCAGGAGCGCCCGGCCACUGCCCUGCAAAAGCCAGAGGAAGCUGAAAAAGCCGCUGAUGGGAGUGAGAGAGGAAUGAAAGUUACGGAACACCAAGCCUUAAAAGUUGAAGUAGGGACAGAACUCCAGGAAAUCCAACUCGGAGAAGCAAAGUGCAUUGCAGAAGAGGCAGUGGGAAGUAUGAAGGAGUGGCUGGGGAUUAUAGAGGGGUACUUGGAGGGCAGAGAGGAGCAAGCCACCGCAGAGUCCCUGUGCCUGGAGACAGAGGAGCCAACCAGACCGACAGACCUGAACGUGAAGUGCCUGAGUACUGCUGAAGAAAAGCACUCUCAGAGGGAAGACAAAUGCGGGGACGGGGUAAGGCUCCUUGCGGAUACAGUCCAGGAGGCAGAGCCCCGCGCCGAGUUUGCGGAGAGGUCGGUGGCCAAGCUGGAGAAGACAACUAAUGACUUGCAAGAUCAGCUGAGAGGCACCAAAGGGGAGCACGUCUGUACCAAGAGGCCGGCUCGACUCUGCCUGACCUGA